UUGGAGAACACAUCAUUACAUAAAUAACAAAGAUCUCUCCUUUGUGAAAUGCAGAGACCCCAGACCCUUCUAACGCUAUAUAUCUGAUUUCAGCUUCCAUUGAUUUAUUUUCCUUGCAAUCUCCUGCGAUUCUGAUCCUUUUCCCCUCAUUGAACUUUCUUGGAGCCUCUCGAGUCCAUUUCCGCAUAAUUCAGAGAGGGAGAAGACGAUGGCUGUAGCACCUACAAGAAUCGGCCUGGCCGGACUCGCUGUGAUGGGCCAAAACCUGGCUCUCAAUAUCGCCGAGAAAGGCUUCCCCAUCUCUGUCUACAACCGAACGACCUCCAAAGUCGACGAGACUGUCGAACGAGCCAAGAGAGAAGGGAACCUGCCCGUGUACGGAUUCCAUGACCCCGAGUCUUUCGUCAACUCGAUUCAGAAGCCUCGUGUUAUAAUCAUGCUCGUAAAAGCAGGUGCACCGGUCGAUCAGACCAUUAAGACCCUCUCUGCCUACAUGGAAGAGGGAGAUUGCAUCAUCGAUGGUGGUAACGAAUGGUAUGAGAACACUGAGAGGAGAGAGAAGGCCGUGACCGAGCAGGGUUUGCUUUACCUCGGGAUGGGAGUCUCGGGCGGCGAAGAGGGUGCCCGGAAUGGACCCUCUCUGAUGCCCGGAGGUUCCUACGAGGCAUACAAGUAUAUCGAAGACAUUCUUCUGAAGGUCGCAGCUCAGGUUCCGGACAGCGGUCCGUGCGUCACUUACAUCGGGAAAGGCGGGUCCGGUAACUUUGUCAAGAUGGUUCACAAUGGAAUAGAGUAUGGUGACAUGCAGCUGAUUGCAGAGGCUUACGAUGUCCUGAAAUCCGUCGGGAAGUUAUCGAACGACGAGCUCCAUACCGUUUUCUCUGAAUGGAACAAAGGCGAGCUUCUUAGCUUCUUGAUCGAGAUCACAGCCGAUAUUUUCAAGAUCAAGGAUGAUAAGGGCGAUGGGUAUCUGGUUGACAAAGUCUUGGACAAAACCGGGAUGAAGGGUACCGGGAAAUGGACGGUACAGCAAGCUGCUGAGCUAUCAGUCCCAGCUCCCACCAUCGAAUCAUCUCUCGACGCAAGGUUCCUCAGCGGGCUGAAAGAGGAACGGGUCCAAGCCGCUAAAGUCUUCAAAGAAGGCGGGUUUGGCGAUAUCUUGACUGACCAAGCUGUGGACAAGAAACAACUGAUCGACGAUGUGAGGCGGGCUCUUUAUGCGUCCAAGAUCUGUAGCUAUGCGCAAGGAAUGAAUCUGAUCCGAGCCAAGAGCCUCGAGAAAGGAUGGGGCUUGAAGCUAGGUGAACUGGCAAGGAUCUGGAAAGGAGGAUGCAUCAUCAGAGCCAUAUUCCUGGACAGGAUCAAGCAGGCUUAUGACAGGAACCCCGAACUGCCGAACCUUCUGGUCGAUCCCGAGUUUGCAAAGGAGAUCAUCGAGAGGCAAUCCGCUUGGAGAAGAGUAGUGUCCCUGGCCAUAAACUCGGGAAUCAGCACACCGGGAAUGUCAGCCAGUCUGGCAUACUUCGACUCGUACAGGAGGGAGAGGUUGCCAGCGAAUCUGGUUCAAGCUCAAAGAGACUACUUUGGAGCUCACACAUAUGAGAGGGUUGACAUGGAUGGAGCUUUCCACACUGAAUGGUUCAAGAUUGCCAAAUCCAUGAUCUAAAGAUAAGUGUAGUCACAAUAAUAAGAAGAAUGAUCACUGCUUGGUCGUUCUCUUCAAGAUUUGUAUUACUCUCUCUUGCUUCCAAGACAUUGUCGUUGCCAUUUGAGUUGAACUUGUAAUAUCCAGAGAUUUUCAUUAUAAUAUUAUGCAAAUUCUCUUCCUGUUU